UGGCACUAGAGCUGGUAGAGUUAACUCGUUCAAUAGUCUGGAAAGUUACCCCUCUCAACUCAACUUCCAAAGACUUAUUUUGUUUGUUUUUGCUUGCAAAUGACGUUUGGAGAUUUAUUGUUUUAAAAAGAAUCGUGUUCUCAGAUGGUACAUUAAUAAGAUGGCUGGCAAAAAGAAAGAAGUCAGCUUGCAGGCGUCUGUCGCAAACCAAGAGCAAUGGGAUGAGAUGCUUGCAACUAAAGGUUUAACAGUUGUAGAUGUGUACCAGCAGUGGUGUGGUCCAUGCCGAGCUGUUGUCAGCUUACUGAGGAAGAUCAAAAAUGAACUGGGAGAUGACUUGUUACAUUUUGCCACAGCAAAAGCUGACAGUAUCGAUGCUCUAGAAAGGUACAGGGGGAAGUGUGAGCCCACCUUCCUGUUCUAUGGGGGGGGGGAGAUGGUCUCAGUGCUGCGGGGGGCUAACGCUCCUGUCCUCCAGAGGAUGGUGUUGGAGGAACUGGCCAGAGAGAAGACUGUCCUGGAGGAGGGAGGGGAACGCAGAGUGGUGAAAGAUGAAGGUUUGAUAGAUGAAGACGAGGAGGAGGAUCAAAGUGAUGAAGAUACGCUUGUUCCAGACAGUAAAUCAUACACGGUGGCCAUCAUCAAACCAAACGCUGUGGCUCAUGGCAAAACUAGUGAGAUUAUCAUGAAGAUUCAGGAUGCCGGGUUUGAGAUCCUAGCCCACGAGGAGAGAACGCUGAGCGACUCUGAAGCACGAGAUUUCUACCAGAACAAAGUAGGAGAGGCCUGUUUUGAAGACCUGAUCCAGUUCAUGUCCAGUGGCCCCUCUCACGUCCUGGUGGUCUCUCAGAGGGAGGGGUCAGGUAAUGUGGUGCCAGCAUGGAGGGAGUUCAUUGGUCCAGCAGACAUAGAGGAAGCCAGGAGGGAUAAACCUGAGAGCCUACGUGCCCAGUAUGGCAGUGAAACCCUGUUCAACUCGCUCCACGGUAGUGACGACAGCCAUCAGGCCAGGAGGGAGCUGGCCUUCUUCUUCCCCAGCUUCAGGACUUCUUCCCGGGCAGAGCAGCACGAGGAGGAAGGGCGAGUGGAGAGGACACUGGCUCUCAUCCGACCCAACCUCUCCAGGGAGAGCAAAGAUGAGAUCUGGUCUCGUAUCCAUGAGGCUGGCUUCACUGUGUCUCUCCAGAGAGAGGUGAUAUUAACAGAGGAACAGGCCAGACGGUUCUACAAACGACAUGUUGACCAGGACUACUUCCCUGCCCUACUGCACAACAUGACCAGUGGUCCUGUGUUGGCUCUGGCCCUGGCCAGGACGGGAGCUGUGGACCACUGGAGGAACCUUCUGGGCCCUAAAGACGUCAACAAGGCCAGGGAGGAGCAGCCCGACUGCCUCAGGGCCCAGUUCAUGGUGGCCAGUGAGGAGGACAGAGAGCCCCAGAACCAGCUGAACCAGCUCCAUGGCAGUGCCAGCAGGGAGGAAGCAGAGGAGGAGAUUGACUUCUUCUUCCCUAAACAGCAGACUCUGGCCAUCAUUAAGCCUGACUCCAUGGACGAACAUAGAGAGGAGAUCCUGGGGGAGAUCCGUGCUGGGGGUUUCUCUAUAUCUCGGCUGAAGGAGACAGUGUUGUCUAGAGACACGGCUGAGGAGAUCUACAGGGAACACAGAGACAAACCGUUCUUCAGCCAGCUGGUUGACUUCAUGUGCAGCGGCCCCUGUAUGCUGCUGGUGCUGACCAAGGAAAAUGCUGUGGAGGAGUGGCGGUCCAUGAUGGGCCCCACAGACCCUGGCCUGGCCCAGGUUACGGCCCCGGGGUCCCUGAGGGCCCGCUUCGCCUUAGACAUCCUCCACAACUCCCUUCACGGCUCCUCCAAUCAGGAGCAUGCUCAGGAGAAGAUACACUUCCUGUUUGGUGAUAUCAUCACCUCAGACAGAGACCUGACCAGCAAUGGGGAACUGGAUCCCACAUCGCGAGGAAAACAGCAGGACAGUUUUGCAGAUCUCAUGGCUUCAGACAAAUCAGGUUGUACAACUGCAGAAAUUAAAGAACAUGCUGAGCCAGGAAGUCCAGAGAGCCAUCAAAAGCAUGUUGAGCCAGGAAGUCCAGAGAGCCAUCAAGAGCAUGUUGAGCCAGGAAGUCCAGAGAGCCAUCAAGAGCAUGUUGAGCCAGGAAGUCCAGAGAGCCAUCAAGAGCAUGUUGAGCCAGGAAGUCCAGAGAGCCAUCAAGAACAUGCUGAGCCAGGAAGUCCGGAGAGCCAUCAAGAGCAUGUUGAGCCAGGAAGUCCAGAGAGCCAUCAAGAGCAUGUUGAGCGGGCCACAUCCAUGUCAGACACGUUAGAGAUCCCCAGGACAGGUCACCAGUAGAGAUCCCCAGGACAGAUCCCCAGUAGAGAUCCCCAGGACAGGUCACCAGUAGAGAUCCCCAGUAGAGAUCCCCAGGACAGGUCACCAGUAGAGAUCCCCAGGACAGGUCACCAGUAGAGAUCCCCAGGACAGGUCACCAGUAGAGAUCCCCAGGACAGGUCACCAGUAGAGAUCCCCAGGACAGGUCACAAGUAGAGAUCCCCAGUAGAGAUCCCCAAGACAGGUCACCAGUAGAGAUCCCCAGUAGAGAUCCCCAGGACAGGUCACCAGUAGAGAUCCCCAGGACAGGUCACCAGUAGAGAUCCCCAGGACAGGUCACCAGUAGAGAUCCCCAGGACAGGUCACCAGUAGAGAUCCCCAGGACAGGUCACCAGUACAGAUCCCCAGGACAGGUCACCAGUAGAGAUCCCCAGGACAGGUCACCAGUAGAGAUCCCCAGGACAGGUCACCAGUAGAGAUCCCCAGGACAGGUCACCAGGACCGAUCCCCAGUAGAGAUCCCCAGGACAGGUCACCAGUAGAGAUCCCCAGGACAGAUCCCCAGUAGAGAUCCCCAGGACAGGUCACCAGUAGAGAUCCCCAGGACAGGUCACCAGUAGAGAUCCCCAGGACAGGUCACAAGUAGAGAUCCCCAGUAGAGAUCCCCAGGACAGGUCACCAGUAGAGAUCCCCAGGACAGGUCACCAGUAGAGAUCCCCAGGACAGGUCACCAGGACAGAUCCCCAGUAGAGAUCCCCAGGACAGGUCACCAGUAGAGAUCCCCAGGACAGAUCCCCAGGACAGGUCACCAGUACAGAUCCCCAGGACAGGUCACCAGUAGAGAUCCCCAGGACAGGUCACAAGUAGAGAUCCCCAGUAGAGAUCCCCAGGACAGGUCACCAGUAGAGAUCCCCAGGACAGGUCACCAGUAGAGAUCCCCAGGACAGAUCCCCAGUAGAGAUCCCCAGGACAUAUCCCCAGUAGAGAUCCCCAGGACAGGUCACCAGGACAGAUCCCCAGUAGAGAUCCCCAGGACAGGUCACCAGUAGACAUCCCCAGGACAGGUCACCAGUAGACAUCCCCAGGACAGGUCACCAGUACAGAUCCCCAGUAGAGAUCCCCAGGACAGGUCAACAGUACAGAUCCCCAGGACAGGUCACAAGUAGAGAUCCCCAGUAGAGAUCCCCAGGACAGGUCACCAGUAGAGAUCCCCAGGACAGGUCACCAGUAGAGAUCCCCAAGACAGGUCACCAGUAGAGAUCCCCAAGACAGGUCACCAGUAGAGAUCCCCAGGACAGGUCACCAGUAGAGAUCCCCAGGACAGGUCACCAGUAGAGAUCCCCAGGACUCUGAUCGUCAAAGUUAAGACUGAAUGGCCUUCGUCUUUCAGAUACAACAAAUCAACAAUACCACUUGUAGGGCUACAGUACAUUAUCAUGUUACUUCAUUUGAAUGUUGCGAAAAAUGAAAUAAAAAUCUUACUGCAGAUUUGUA